UGGCUGAAUCCGGAAGUGAUCCCGGAGGACCGAGUUGCGGCGGAGGACCCCGGCGGACGGCCCAAGUUCGGAACCAUGAGCUGGAUUCCUUUCAAGAUUGGGCAGCCCAAGAAACAGAUUGUUCCCAAAACAGUGGAGAGAGACUUUGAAAGGGAGUAUGGAAAACUCCAACAGCUGGAAGAGCAGACCAGGCGGCUUCAGAAGGAUAUGAAGAAGAGCACCGAUGCAGACCUGGCCAUGUCAAAGUCUGCCGUGAAGAUAUCCCUGGACUUGCUGUCCAAUCCCCUCUGUGAGCAAGACCAAGACUUUCUGAAUAUGGUGACAGCCCUCGACACAGCCAUGAAGCGGAUGGACGCCUUCAACCAGGAGAAGGUGAACCAGAUACAAAAGACAGUGAUUGAGCCCUUGAAAAAGUUUGGCAGUGUCUUCCCAAGCCUCAACAUGGCGGUGAAGCGGCGAGAACAGGCCUUGCAGGACUACAGGAGGCUGCAAGCCAAAGUGGAGAAGUAUGAGGAGAAGGAGAAGACUGGGCCAGUGCUCGCCAAGCUUCACCAGGCCCGAGAAGAGCUGCGGCCGGUGCGGGAUGACUUUGAGGCCAAAAACAUGCAACUCCUCGAUGAGAUGCCACGGUUCUACAGCAGUCGCCUUGACUACUUCCAGCCCAGCUUCGAGUCCCUGAUCCGUGCACAGGUGGUGUACUACUCAGAAAUGCACAAGAUCUUCGGGGACCUGACCCAGCAGCUUGACCACCCAGGUCACUCCGAUGAGCAGCGGGAGCGAGAGAAUGAAGCCAAACUGAGCGAGCUCCGAGCCCUCUCUAUCGUGGCAGAUGACUGAGCCCCCAUCCCGCCCCAGUCCUGGGAAGCCCAGGGAUACGGGCAGCGUCUCCUCUUUGCCCUUAGCAGGCACGGACUCCUGUCCUCCACCAGCCAACAGGUCGAGGACAGCGGCACUCCCUGCUCUCCUCACCAGCCCUUUGACCUGAGUGGCUGCCUAGCACCAGGAGCCCCAAGCAGGCUGCCGGGACUCAGCCCCACAUAAGCUGAGGCUUUCCUUCCAGAACCGUCCAGAGUAAACCACAGGCUUGGGCCAUCGUCUCAGGCCCUAGCAGGCUUGGGCCCUCAGAAGGCCUGCGUUCCCCUCCACCGCGGCAUGGCAGGGAGGGCAUCUACCUCCGAGGAACCAGGUGGGGAGUCCACCGGCUGCUCGUGGCUCUUCACUCCCAGGUGAGAUGCAGACACAGCCCUGGGAAACAAGUUGGCUCUACAGGUGGAGGGUAGGGCUGAGCCCCACCGGGUGAGUAACGAGGACUCAGUGAGCCGUCCUGACCUAGCCCACUGCCAGCAAGCCACAGGCCGCAAGGCGAGAACAGUGGUUUUGUAGCUCACCUGGAUGUUUGGAAUUUUAUUUUUUCAAGUAAAGUUUCCAGUAAAACA